AUGAACCCAUUAAUACCAGCAGCAGGGAGGAGCGGCAGCGGCGGCGGCAGUGGGGGCAGUGAUGCAGGAGCGCGAGCCGCGCCGCGCCAAAACAGCGGCAGCGUCGACCUGCUCGGCGGUGACAGCGUCAGCCAGCCCAGCGGGCCGUACAGCGGCGGUGACGACGACGACUCUCAUGGCAGCGCCCACGACGCGCACAACAACGCUGGCAACGAUGACGACUACAGCGUCGACGGCAUCGACGAGCACACAAUUUCUGCGGCCGAGCUCGGCGGGCCCGUGUCGUUCAAGCGGCGGCAGAAGCAGACAAACUUUCUGCCCCAGUCGGCGCGGUCGCUUCUCUCGACGUUCGGCAUGGGCACGGCCUCCUCGCCACACACACAUGCGGCCCACGCGCUCUAUGGACACCAACGAGACGGGCCCAUUGGCCUCGGCAGCGCGGGCAACGACGAGGCGUUUGAGACCCAGGGCACGUUCGGCGGCGCCGACGGCGGGCCAAGCAAUGUCAACGUCAAUUAUGUCAGCAGCAGCAACGGCAAGAACAGCGCCGGCCUGCCGCACGUCGUCGACUGGUACUCGGAGGGGCUCGGCCGCCGCGUCGGCUACGAAGACCUGACGGCCAUUGACUGGAUCUUUGAGCACAACAAGGAACGCCAGCGCCAGCGGGCGAUGGUCUCCGGCACGAGCGGUCUGUUGGGCCUCGUGCGCCGCCUGCUGGACGACGGCCAGAUCUGGGUCGUGCUCGUGCUGACGGGCCUGGCGGCCGGCACGCUGGCGGCCGGCAUCGACGUGGCGUCCGACUGGCUGGGCGACAUCAAGACGGGCUACUGCGCGUCGGGCGGCACCGACGGCGGCGCGUUCUACCUGAACCACGGCUUCUGCUGCAUGGGCUACGACGAGGGCGCCAAGUGCGACGGCUGGCGGCCCUGGGCGGCCGCCGUGGGUCUGUCGGCGUCGUCGGCCGUCGGCAAGUGGUUCCUCGAGUACCUGUUCUUUGUCGUGCUGUCGGUGACCUGCGCCGUCUGCGCCGCGUUUCUCGUCAAAGAGUACGCCAUCUAUGCCAAGCACAGUGGCAUCCCUGAAAUCAAGACGAUGCUGGGUGGUUUUGUCAUCCGCCGCUUUCUCGGCGGCUGGACGCUUGUGACCAAGUCGCUGGGCCUGUGUCUCGCCGUGGCGUCCGGCAUGUGGCUCGGCAAGGAGGGUCCGCUCGUGCAUGUCGCCUGUUGCUGCGCAAAUCUCUUUAUCAAGCUGUUUCCCAGCAUCAACAACAACGAGGCCCGCCGUAGAGAAGUCCUCUCGGCCGCCUCGGCCUCGGGCAUCUCCGUCGCCUUUGGCUCCCCCAUUGGCGGCGUGCUCUUCAGCCUCGAGACCCUCUCCUAUUACUUCCCCGACAAGACCAUGUGGCAGAGCUUCGUGUGUGCCAUGACCGCCGCCUUUGUGCUGCAGGCCCUCGACCCCUUCCGGUCGGGAAAGCUCGUGCUGUAUCAGGUCAAGUACUCCACCGGCUGGCAUGCCUUUGAAAUCGUGCCCUUUGCCUUGCUCGGCAUCCUCGGCGGCGUCUACGGCGGCCUCUUCAUCAAGGCCAACAUGUGGAUUGCCCGCUGGAAAAAGGCCAGCGCCGGCUGGCUGCCCGGCCCCGUCGUCCAGGUGGCCCUUGUCGCCCUGCUGACCGCCGUGGUCAACUACCCCAACCUCUAUAUGCGCGCCCAGCUGUCCGAGCUCGUGUCCAACAUCUUUGCCGAAUGCUCGCCGCAGCUCGACGACGUCUUCGGCCUCUGCAAGACCGGCGCCGCCACCGCCGCCACCAUUGUGCUGCUGCUCUUUGCCGCCGUGCUCGGGUUCUUCCUGGCCGCCAUUACGUUCGGCCUGCAGCUGCCGGCCGGCAUCAUCCUGCCCUCCAUGGCUAUUGGCGCCCUCACGGGCCGUGCUGUCGGCAUCGUCAUGGAGAUCUGGCAGACGAGCCACCCCGACCUGUUCAUCUUCCAGUCGUGCGAGCAGGACCUGUCGUGCGUCACGCCGGGCACCUACGCCAUUGUCGGCGCGGCCGCUGCGCUGACGGGCGUCACGCGUGUCACCGUGUCCAUUGUCGUCAUCGUCUUUGAGCUGACGGGCGCGCUCAGCUACGUGCUGCCCAUCAUGGUCGCCGUCAUGCUCUCCAAGUGGGUUGGCGACGCCUUUUCGCGCCGCGGCAUCUACGAGGCCUGGAUCCAUUUCAACGAGUACCCGUUCCUCGACAACAGCGAGGACAUGCAGUUCCAGCUCCCCGACGUGCCCGCUGCCCAGGUCAUGACCCGCAUCGAGGAUCUGGUCGUGCUCACCGCCACCGGCCACACCGUCGCCAGUCUGCGCCGCAUCCUCGACACCCAUCCGUACCGCGGCUUCCCCAUCGUCUCCGACCCGCGCGACGCCAUCUUGCUGGGCUACAUCUCGCGCGCCGAGCUCGACUACACCCUGCAAGCCGCCGUCCAGCCGCCGCGCUCUCUCCCGCCCGACGAGACCGAGGCUUUUUUCGCCCACCAGCCGCUCGCCGACCCGCGCACCACGCUCGACCUGCGGCCCUGGAUGGACCAGACGCCCCUGACACUGCCCUCGCGCUCGCGCUUGCAUUUGGUGGUCAACUAUUUCCAGAAACUGGGUCUGCGCUACGUGCUGUUCAGCGACCGCGGCGUCCUCCAGGGGCUGCUGACCAAGAAGGACGUGUGGUAUGUGCUCAACGGCGCCGAGGAGUCGCGCCGGAGCGGCGAAGACGACGACCUGCGCGGGAGUGCAUCGCUGGGGCGGAAUGGCGGGGAGAGCAGAGGGAACAGCGGCGCUGGUGGUGGUGGCGCCGGCGCUGGAGCGGGCGGCAUGGCAAACGCUGGUGCUGUCGCUGGCGCGUCGGGCCACCUGCGCGAGGAUGGUGAUAUGCUCGACGACCCGUUAAGUCCUGGACCAGAACAAGAGUCGAUCUUAUAG